AUGCAUGCUGAUAGAAGAUCAUUGAAGUUUAAGAUAGGACUUGAAGACUUUCUUAAGUUCGCUUUGGCAAAUGCAAGCGACAUAUCAAAAAUAUGUUGUCCUUGUUUGAAGUGUUGUAACAAUGAUGAAUUUUCUAUUGGAGUGAUCAAGGACCAUAUAUACUUUAAUGGUAUUGAUGUUAGAUAUAAGCAAUGGAAAUGGCAUGGAGAACCUUCCGCCAUGAAUGCGGAUAUUUUAGGUGAAUCAGAAACAGUAGAUAUGGGUGCUGAUUUUGGGAUAGGGGAUGAAGAAGAUGAGAUUUCGAGUGACUCAAAUGAGUUUCUUAGGUUUGUAGAGGAUGGGGAUAAGCCUUUGUAUCCGGGUUGUACUAAGACUACAAAGUUAAACGGUUUGAUACAAACCUUCAAUUUGAAGGCAAAACACGGAAUGACGGACUCUUGUUAUUCUGACAUGCUAAUAAUGAUUGGCAUGUUGUUGCCUGAAGGGAAUGAGGUGCCUGGGUCUCUAUAUGAGGCUAAGAAAACACUUGCUACAUUGGGCAUGGCCUAUGAAAGGAUUCAUGCUUGUCCAAAUGACUGCAUCCUUUAUAGAGGGCAGCAUGCAGAAGCAACAAGUUGUCCAACAUGUGGUGAAUCACGUUGGAAACUGGGCAGAGACAAUACUAAUAAGGAAGGGGUACCUGGGAAGGUCUUGUGGUACUUCCCACCAAUCCCGAGAUUCAAACGGAUGUUCCUAUCGACCAAGACAGCUAAGGAUUUGACUUGGCAUGCCAAUGAUAGGAAAACAGAUGGAAUGAUGAGGCAUCCAGUAGAUUCCCCGACUUGGAAGUUAGUUGACACAAAGUGGCCAGAAUUUGGUAGUGAACCGAGGAACCUUAGGUUAGCCCUUUCCUCAGAUGGGUUUAAUCCCCACAGUUCAUUAAGUAGCCGGUACUCUUGCUGGCCUGUUAUUCUUGUUACUUAUAACCUUCCUCCUUGGCUAUGCAUGAAGAGGAAGCACAUGAUGUUAACAUUGUUAAUAUCUGGACCCAAACAGCCGGGAAAUGAUAUUGACGUUUACUUGCAGCCUUUGAUAGAUGAUUUGAAACUACUGUGGGAUGGGGUUGAAGUGUAUGAUGCCCUUAGAGGAGAGCCCUUCAAACUGAAGGCAGUCCUAUUUUGGACUAUUAACGACUUUCCCGCAUAUGGGAACCUCUCCGGCAGCAUUACCAAAGGAUAUAAUGCUUGUCCAGUUUGUGUUAAUGAAACCCGACCAUACAGGUUGAAGCAUAGUAACAAAAUGGCAUUCAUGAGACAUCGCAGAUUUUUGCCAAGACAUCAUCCAUAUCGAAGGCAAGCUGCAGCUUUUGACAAUACCAUAGAGGAAGAUGUCGCUCCUUCACCAUUAAGUGGAGAGGAGAUGUUGUCAAGAGUUGAAGGUCUGAACAGACCAUUUGGGAAAAAAAAAACUUCUACCCCUUAUAAGGGUGUUGAAGCGAAAAACAGACCUUGUUGGAAAAAAAAAUCAGUGUUCUUUGAACUUGAUUACUGGAAACAUCUUCCAGUGAGACACAUUCUCGAUGUGAUGCACAUUGAGAAGAAUUGCUGCGAUGCUAUUCUUGGUACCCUAUUGAACAUUCCCGGGAAGACCAAGGAUGGAGCUGCUUCUCGUUUGGACAUGGUUGAUAUGGGCAUCAGAACUGAUUUGAAGCCUACACCUGGUCCGAAAAGGGCCAAGUUGCCUUUGGCGAGUUGGAACUUGCUGCUAGAUGAGAAGAAAAUAUUAUGCUCUUCCUUUUUCAACAUGACGGUUCCUGUGCGCUUAUGCUCAAACCUAAGGAAUCUGGUUUCAAUGGAAGAUUUGAGACUCGUCGGUCUUAAAUCACAUGAUUGCCACACAAUUAUGCAGAUUCUUCUCCCUGUGGCAUUACGAUCAGUUUUAGAAAAGCCGGUUAGGUAUGCUAUUAUUCGGUUUUGCCUAUUCUUCAAGGCAAUUUGUAGUAAGGUGAUAGAUGUUUCAAAACUUCAACAAAUGCAAGCUGACCUUAUUGAUACAGUUUGCUUGCUUGAAAAGUUCUUCCCACCUUCGUUUUUCGAUGUAAUGAUUCAUUUAACAGUCCAUCUUGUUAGAGAAGUAGAGUUAUGUGGUCCGGUGUUUCUUCGAUGGAUGUACCCGUUUGAGAGGUACAUGAAAGUGUUCAAAGGGUAUGUAAGAAGUCGCCAUUUUCCUGAGGGGUGUAUUGCUGAGAAUUACAUUGUUGAAGAGGCUAUAGAGUUUUGCUCAGAACGUAUGCUUCGUGAAGAUGAUACCACUGUGGGAAUUCCAUUAAGAAGCUUAUCUGGACUGUGUAAUGGAUCCAAGCCUUUAUCAGGCGCAACCAUGGUGACCGUUUCUGCAAAGGAGUUACGACUUGCACACCUGUGUGUAUUGCGGAACACUGAAGAUGCCAUGCCAUACUUCAAGGAGCAUAUGGAACUGUUGGAGUUAACUUUCCCUAAGUUCAAGAAAAACGAGAGGUGGUUGAGGGAAAAACAGAAUGCGACAUUUGGAGAUUGGUUAAAGGAAAGGGUUGCAAAUGCGAUGCAUGUUCCCGACAAUGAUGUUUCAGAAACAAUGAGGUGGAUGGCUGGCGGCCCAAGGCGUGAAGUACCAACCUUUAGUGGAUACCAUGUCAGUGGAGUUGAUUUCAACACCAAAGCGCGGGACAAUGUCAAAUCUGUUCAGAACAGUGGUGUUUUUUUACUUGCCGAUGCAAUGCAAGUUGCAAGUGCAAAGGAUCGAAAGCCCAGAACUCAUGAUAUGGACUUCUACGGUGUAAUUAAAACAAUAUGGGAGGUUGACUAUUACAAAUUUAGGGUACCAUUGUUUAAAUGUGAUUGGGUAGAGAGUUCUAGGGGCGUCAAAGUAGACGAUCUUGGGUUUACUUUGGUGAAACUGAAUAGGAUAGGGCAUUUAAAUGAUCCGUUUGUCUUAGCUACACAUGUGAAACAAGUUUUUUAUAUUGAAGACCCCCUCAAUGCUGAAUGGUCAGUAGUGGUGAGGUGCCCGGAUAAAGACUACGAAGGGGCUAAUGAUGAGUGCGAAAACCCUGAAGUGGAAUUCCCUCCAUUUAAUCCGACAAUGCCAUCAGUUGAAACCUUUGAUGAUGUAGUUGGUCAUCAACCUACCAUUCAUAUGCGAGAUGGUGAUGAAGGAAUAUGGGUUGACAAUUAA